UCUAAUCACUCCUGUGGCUUUUGUAGAUUUCAACUUUGUCGAUACUGCAGCCAGAGCGUGACACUGGCCAAAUGAACGAAGACCAAGAGUGCGCUUCUCGCCAGAUUGUCAGGCAUGUGUGCGUGGCAUAUCGCCGCUACCUGGAGGCUCAUUUGUAUCUGAAGGCAGCAGCGCUCAACCGAGCUCAAUCCCGGCCGAGCGGGGGAGCAGUUCUGCCUCCAUAUAAGCCCUGCAAAUCGUCUCCCGAAGAAAUUCAACAAAAUAUCGAGCUUCUCCUGGAGCGAAUGCCGUUCAGAUGCCAUUGGGCGCCAGUAGAUCAGCUGUUGAAGCUGGGCGAUAUCACUUUGCUGCUCAAGAUCAUCGCGUUCGCCUACGAGUGGAACUACGGCGGCAGAGGGGAAAUUGUGCGAUCGGCCCUUGAAGUUCUAGCCAUUGCGUGUGUGAUGCCCAAAGUGCUGGCAUUGCUGUGCGAAAAGGUCGAUCUGCCGGAAGAGCGACUAACGGUGGGAUUCAGCAUAGUGGUUGGAGCGGCAGAGGGCGACAUCGUUCGCGACUCGGACGUGGAAAAGGCCGCCUUAAGAGUGCUGGUGAAUUCUGUCUGUGCGCCGAUUCAGCGCCUCGGAGGGUCUGCGAUGCGGCUCUCGCAUGGUUCGACAAGCUCCCCGUCCAAGAAAACCAAGUACAAGAGCUCGGAGGAGCUGAUUCAGAAGGUGUGGGACUGCGUGCGCUCGAAUAGCGGCAUCUUGGUCCUGAUCCAGCUGAUGAACUGUAAGACACCGAUUACAGACGCUGAUUCCAUCCGAACGUUGGCUUGCAAAGGCCUGGCCGGGUUGGCCAGAUGCGAAACUGUAAGGCAGAUCGUAUCGAAGCUGCCGCUUUUUACCAGCGGCGAGUUGCAGAACCUGAUGCGCGACCCCAUUUUGCAAGAGAAGCGCCAGGAGCAUGUAGCGUUCCAAAAGUACGCCAUCGAGUUACUGGAAAGACUCUCGGGAAAAACCAAACACGGCGCCAAUGACCUGGAGGUGUCGUUAGCGAACAUUCAUCGUAUCCAUAAGGCCAAUGUGGUGGCGCAGACUAAGAUACAGUUCAACGACCGACAGCUGCUGCAGCUGAUCCACCAGCACUUGGUCACCAAGGGGUUCAUAGACACAGCGUCCAGUCUGGUGAAGGAAGCUGGACUGAGCAACGCGAUAAUGUCGCUGUCGGCGCAACACCCCACCAAGUUCCGGUACACCACCAACUUGACCCCAGUUAGGACUAGAUUGUCAUUCUCGUCGCCCUCAACAGUCCGCGCUUUGUCCGUAUUGCCAAGUGGCAGUGAACCGGCGGCAAACGGAUCCACGCCCACCAUCGGCCCGAUAAAGCUGAUCAAGAAAACCCCCGUGCAUUCGCAGCUCGCCACCACGCCGGUGCAAAAGUUGCGCCUGCAGAAGCAAAUCUACAAUGAGCCUGUGGUGCGCCCGAUUUUGCCGCCGCCUGAAGAGCCGCACGACCCCCCUCGAAUCACCCUCGACUCGAUCAUUACCGAGUAUCUGAUCAAUCAGCAUGCACUGUGCAAAAACCCGAUGGCCACCUGUCCCCAGUUCAAUCUGUUCGCGCCCCACAAGUGUCCAGACCCGAAGCGAAAAUUGGUGCCGAUCAAUUUCGCCAUGCGCCAUGCACGCAGGGAGAUGGGCUACCAGUCGCGGUCCAUGGAUCGGCGGUUCCUGCAUUCCAGGUUCUGCCCGGUGCAGACCAUUCGCUCCAACACGGAGGAAGGGUUCUUCACCUGCGCCAAGUUCCUGCCGGCCAGAAACUCGAUCAUUGUGGGCGACUACAACGGCGACAUUCACAUCUACGACAAGUUCACCGGGAAUGAGGAGCACUCGUUCUCCGCCCAUGACAACUACAUAGUGCACAUGGAGCCCAACCGAACGGGGGAGCUGCUGUUGACCAGCUCGACAUGGGGCGGCCCCAUUUCCGCCCUGUGGGGCCUCAAGGACUUUGACCUGAAGUGAGUAAAACUUCUCAAUUUCUGGAGUU